CUAGUCAAAUUCCAGCAGAAUUUGAUAGGAUGAAUAAUAUUUUAGAAAUAUGCAAUUGGCUGGUAAAACAUCCAUCUAUAUUGCAGUUAGCCAACCAAAUGUAUACGGCAUCCUCAUUAUCAAUGAAAAAUAUUGAAACUUUUAAUGAAUCGUCAAUGCCUUCAUCUGCAAUUUCAUCAAAAAUAAAUAUAAUAGAAGCAAGAUUUCCACCGGCAACAUGUAUCGAUGAAUUUGUUAAGAAAAUAUUUGG